CAGUGGCGCCGCGGCUCCGGGGGCCGGCCGGGGCGCCGCGGACGUGGGGGGCGUCAAUGGAUCGCCACUCCAGCUACAUCUUCAUCUGGCUGCAGCUCGAACUCUGCGCCAUGGCCGUGCUGCUCACCAAAGGUGAAAUUCGAUGCUACUGUGAUGCUGCCCACUGUGUGGCCACUGGUUAUAUGUGUAAAUCUGAGCUCAGUGCCUGCUUCUCUAGACUUCUUGAUCCUCAGAACACAAACUCCCCGCUCACCCAUGGCUGCCUGGACUCUCUUGCAAGCACAACAGACAUCUGCCAACCCAAACAGGCUCAAAACCACUCUGGCACCACCAUGCCCACGUUGGAAUGCUGUCAUGAAGACAUGUGCAAUUACAGAGGGCUGCGAGAUGUCCUCUCUCCUCCCAAGGGUGAGGCCUCAGGGCAAGGAAACCGGUACCAGCACGAAGGUAGCAGAAACCUCAUCACCAAGGUGCAGGAGCUGACUUCUUCCAAAGAGUUGUGGUUCCGGGCAGCCGUGAUUGCUGUGCCCAUUGCAGGAGGGCUGAUUUUGGUGUUGCUUAUCACGUUGGCCUUGAGGAUGCUUCGAAGUGAAAACAAGAGGCUGCAGGAUCAAAGGCAGCAGAUGCUUUCCCGUUUGCACUACAGUUUUCACGGACACCAUUCCAAAAAGGGGCAGAUUGCAAAGUUGGACUUGGAGUGCGUGGUGCCGGUCAGCGGGCACGAGAACUGCUGUCUGACCUGUGAUAAAAUGAGACAAGCAGACCUCAGCAACGAUAAGAUCCUCUCACUCGUUCACUGGGGCAUGUACAGUGGUCACGGGAAGCUGGAAUUCGUAUGACGGAGUCUUACCUGAACUAAACUUCUUGAACCCUUGAAGGCCUUUUGAGUUCUGCUGGACAGGAGCACUUUAUCUGAAGUCAAAUAAACUCAUGUAAUCAUCUUUGAGAGAUAAAAAUGAUCUCUGCGAACAGAAUCUUGGAUAUUUCUUCUGAAGGAUUAUUUGCACAGACUUCAAUACAGUCAAAUGUAUUAUUUGCUUUAAAAUUAUGAAAAGCAAAGAGAAGACUAUGUACACACUGUUACCAGGGCUAUUUGCAUCUGAGGGAGCUGGAAAUGAGUACCUGAAAUAAACUAAAAUGUGCUCUCUGUAAGCUUCUACAGCUUGAUUUAUUGUAAAGAUUUAAAAGAAAUAUAUAUAUAUUUUGUCUGAAA